CUCGCCGCACCGCCCCUUCCCCUUCCCGUUCCCGCUCCCGCGGCCGCCCGUGAGGCCGGGCCCGCCGCCCGCCCGGCCGGGAGCGCGGCCGCUGCUACAGCGCCCGGCCCGCGGGGCCCUGCGCCGGCUGGGUGCGCGGCGGCCCAUGAAGAGCCUGGGGCAAGUAGCCUUCAGGUGCCGCCCUUCAGCCGUGUGAAAAACGAGGCUUCUCUUAGCGCAAGUACGGUGCAAAUGAGGGCGUGCUCACACAGCGUUCAGCACUCUCAGGGAAAGGAACCUGUGAGGGAACGCAGCUUUUCCACGGGUGUUUAAGUGAGUGCCCUGCCGAGAGGGGACAGAGGCUUCGAGUAAAGCUGUCAACAUGGCUGCUUUCAUAGCACCCUUAAAUCACUGAGAGUUACUGUGCAGUUGCAGUACCUGGCUUUUUAAAAAGAUCAUGUUGAAUUUGGGAGGGAGAUUUGAGCAGCUAGGUGGAAGUGCCAGAAGAGUUUCUGUUUUUCGUUUUGUUGGCAACUGUCUUUGUAGAUUUUCUACUCCACAGCCUCACAGGUUGAGUUGUUGAAUAAAGAAAAACCCAGCCAAACAACCCUACAGCUUGAAUUGAACUGAAACUAAAUACUCCAAAGAUGGCUAUGAAUAAUUCAGUUUCCUCUGUUGUAAGACUUAAAUGAUUUUAGGUACUGGUCAUUCCUCAUACAGGAAGGAGUUUGACAUCUCUGACUCAAAAAGUCACUUGGAAAUUGGCAAAGUAGGUCAUUUAGUAGUGGACCUAUUGCAUGAAUCAGAAAGUUGGCAGAGGUCACUUACCAUUCCUAAGCUGGAUUUGCUCUCGAUUUAUUUCUGGUAUUCUCUACAUCUGCAGAAUUGCCUAUUGAACCAACUUCUAUUAACAACAAAAGUAAAAACUACUCCUAAAAGAAGUAGCUGUAAUCACCAUUUUAAAGAACAGUUAUAGCUGUUUCUGCAUAUUUUAAAAUUACAAUAAUACAGCAGAAAUUCUUAAAAAUGACAGGUCUUUUGGUGUGCUGUGUUAGUGGGCUUAUUUUUAAUUAGCUAGAAAAGCUAGUAAUUUCUUGAGUAGUUUGCUGUUACAUAAAUGAAUUAAAGCAAAUGCUAAAUCACCUGCUCAAACUUUACUGACCUCUUAGUGAUUAUUAAAUAAUUAUAAUUGAUCAUUAAUAGCCUGAAACAGUAGUUUCAUGCUAAAACAGCAUGUAAAAUACUGUAUUUCUAGCAAACUUUAAUUUUAAAUAGCUCUAGUGUUUUAAUCAUUUAGUUGAAACUAAUUUUCUGGGAGAUGAAAUGAUCUCCUAACCAUGCUGUUUCAGAAGAGUCAAAAUCAAGUACUGAAUAGUGAAGUCACAUUUGACUGUUUAAUUAGCAAUAAUAAAUAAAGACGAAUAGGUCAAUAAUUGAACUUACUUUUAACUUCUCUGUAAUGUGUUUCCAUGUGUCAGAAUCAGAAACUAGGUGUUGCUGUAAUUUUAUUUUUCUACGCAGGUUUGACACAAAUAAAUGUUAAAUAUUUCUAAAAUAAAUUCCCCUUUUUAGAUUUUGUACGUCUAAUUUUAUAGGGUUUAAAUAGUCAAGUAGUGUUUUUUCCCAGUUAAACUAUUAAAUACUCCCUAAACUAUGGAUUUUAGGUGUUUUUAAAAUUGUAAAGGAAAAAGUAAAAUUUUUUUUUUUGCAUUUGCUAGUAUUUAUUUAUUAUUGUUCUUAUUGCAUAAACCACGUUAUUUAAAGUCAAACUCACACAGCAGUCAAAAAUGUCAAAAAGAUCUCAGAUUCAUAUUUUUGUGGGAGCACCCAGUAUUCCGAGCCUGCUGGAGGGGUUCGAGCAGAGUAGUUCAGCCCCUGCUGGUGAGAAAUGGCGAGAACUGCACUGUUUGUGUGAUACACGUGGGUUUGUUUCUGCAAAGGUCCAGGCUGCUGCUGCCCCCUCGGUGUCCCAGGCAGACAGCUCCACACUCACAGGAGUCCCUGCAAGUGGGGCCAGCGCUCAGCAGGGCAGGUUCAUGGCAAAAGAAGGAAAAGAUUUGACAUCUCCUGCCCCUAUGGCAGUAACUUGUACCAGCACAUUUAAAAAGAGCACAAGUUUAACUUGCUCUGAUUGUCAAGUAUCCAAAGAUAGAUGCACACCCGCAGGUGUAAGUCAGGCUGCAGGGGAGCACCUGCCCCAGAGCUGUGCAGAAUCAGCUGGACAAGGGAAGCCAUCACGUGCCUGCUGCCCAGACCCCACUGAGAGAAAAGGCAGUCCUUUGGAAGUUAACAGCUCUGACAUUCCUGCUUUGGUUGCCAGUACUGAGCAGGUCAGCAUCCAUCUACAGUCCUUGGGACUUCAGGCAGGUCACAGAAGUGAGCAUCAUGAGCAUCUAAGUCAAUAUAUGGAUAUGUGUUUCCAAGAAAGUCUGGAGUCCAAACCAAAAGAACAGAAUGACUGUGCAGACUCUGCAGUGUCAGCAGACACUGAAUUUCGUAGUGUAGUGACUUUGAGUCAGGUGGCUGUUUUUGCGCAGAAUGAAAUGCAAGAAAGAAUUGUAAAACUAUCAGAAAUAGAAGCAGAUAAAAAAGCUGAAGAACGACAGUAUAAUCACUUCCAAUGUGAUUCUGGUUUUGGAACAUGUACUACUAAUGUGACUGAAAAUGAAUAUAAGGAGGAGGAUGCAAGUUCUCUUGAACUUUUCAGUUCCGAGGAUGAUGGGGAAAAUGUUUGGAUUAAAGCUACAAGACAGGAAGAAAGUGCUCAGGAAAAUGCAGAAAAGUUUCAAGAACUUAAUGUUCCUGCUGAGCAAUCUGUAAAUGAAAUCCAUAUUGAGCCAUUGAGUUCUGGAAUACUGUGCUCUCAAGGGAACUGUUCUCAAAAGAACUCCUCUAAAAGACCCCGCAAGUAUGAAGGUUCCUUUCAUCUUUUUCACUCCGCAUUUAAAAGACAGGUGAAAUCCAAGAGAGCUAAAUUGAAUUCUUCUCCACCUGGUUCUGGGGUGAGAGUGGAUCCAGACAGGAUGACAGAGUUCAAGAAACUCCAGAAGAAGCUAUCACUACUUAAGAAUUGCUGCAGCAAAAAUCAAAAGUACAAUAUUUUGGUCACUGUUGUACAUCCUUGUCAUAUCAAAGAAAUACAGAUGAAGACUAAACCAAAAUCUUCGUGUAAGGUUCCUGUAGCAACAAUUGUUGUUACUGACCAGUCAGAAACUGAGAAAAAGGUGGUGCUGUGGCGUGGUGCUGCAUUUUGGUCCCUCACUGUGUUUCCUGGGGAUAUUGUACUGCUUACAGAUGUAAUAAUGUAUGAGAAUCAUUGGUGCGGAGAGGUCAUGCUUCAGUCUACAUUUACCAGUCAGUUACUGAAUCUGGGGAACUGCUCAGCUCUCAAUCCAGAAGAAUUUUAUCCUCUAGUGGAUGGUGGUGUUCUCCUUGGCUUAUUGGCAUACAUCUCAUCAGAAUUUCCACACUUCAGAGACAUUCCACAACGACAAGUUCAGAGACUGGAUGAUGUUCGGUAUGUGCAGCUAGAUCAGCUCCAGCCAAAUACUUUGGUGCACUCAGUCCUGAAAAUUAUCAAUAUUUCUGUGGUAACAGAGUCUGUGUACAGCUACAGAGGUGGCAGCCAAAAAAAAGUUAUUCUAACAGUAGAACAGAACAGAGAUCAACCCUAUAGGAUGGUUCUGUGGGGAGCAGGGGCUGCCUGGUGCCCCCAGCUUCAGAGGAAAAAAGACCACAUAUGGGACUUCAAAUACCUUCUGGUCCAACAUAGUUCUGUCUCAGGUGACUUGGAACUGCACACAACUCCCUGGUCAUCCUAUGAGUGCUUGUUUGAUGAUGACAAAAGGGCAGUUGAAUUUAAGGAAAAGUUUCAGAACAGUCAAACAUCGCUCAUGGAGUUGACAAAGCUCUCGGCACACCUGGAAGAAAAAUGCUCAGGAGUGAUUCAAGUGAAAGCCCAUAUCUUGGAACUGAAAUUUACUAUUUCCACUGGUCAGUACAAGGAACUCAUCUUCUCUGCUGACACUUCACUGGAAAGUGUUUUGGCUUCUCUGCCUAUGAUUACGUAUUCAGGUUGUGCCAAAUGUGGUUUGGAGCUACAGGCAGAUGAGAACAUGAUCUACAAGCAGUGUAUUAGAUGUUUGCCAUACAGAAAAGUAAAAACAUUCUACAGACCUGCUUUGAUGACAGUAGAAGAUGAAGGAUAUGAAAUUUAUGUUCAUGUGGUGUCUGAAUUACUGGAAAAAAUCUUCCUCAAUAUUCCUGCAGACUGGCUGAAGAGAUUAGUAGUGCCCUCUUCAGAUAUAACUUACAGCACAAUAGUAGCAGAUCUGUGUCAUUCACUGCUGGCAGAUACAGAAGCAUCCUAUUUGUUGGAAAUCAGAAGCCACUUUGUGCUAGAUGACAACAGCUAUCCUUUACAAAAAGAUUUCCAUCUGCUUAAUUUUCAUCCUGAUCUUUGACCUCUGCACUUACUGAAUAACAAAGACCAUAAGAACACACAGAUAUGAAGCAGAAGAAAAAUGACUUAGCUGAAGGAAGCAAUCUCUAUAAUAUAGGAUUUUGGUUUUAACUUAUGGAAAAAGCAAAAUCAUCAAAAGGACUGGUAUGGAAUAUAUGCUAAUAGUAUAUACUGUGGGAGUAAUACUGAUGAAUUUUCAUAAAGUAUAUUUUUAUACAUGUAUUUUUAUGUUAAUAAUUAUGUUAAUAAACUCCAGCAAUUUCUUUAGUAUCUGAAGUAUUUUCUCCUCAGAAAAAUUCACUACUAUUGAGAGACUGAAUUUUCAUUAGACCUGCCUGGCACGUUAGAGGAAGACAGACAGAAUUCACUACUAUUUUAGUUACACAAUUUUUUGUUUGUUUUGUCCCAUACGCUAUCUGUAGCUUGGUGGUUUUGUUUUGCUGUUGUGGUUUAACAGCAGAAUUUUUGCCAUUUACCCUCAGCAAUUUUGCUGCUCCUCUUUUCUCUUGUAAAACAGAAUUGUCUUAUAAUCAUUCUCCUUCAGCUCAAGGUAAGUCUCAAGCACGGGAU